GGUCAAGAGAUCAUAAAGGAUCUCUCGGAGCAACCACCACCAACCACCACCCAACUAUCAGACCACAUAAUCAUAUUCAUACGAAAACAAGAACCACAGACCAGAGAAGCAAAGCAGAAAAUGACUGAAAGCAACAUCAACAACAACUUACUGAGCAGUCCACAUCCACUUCGACCCUUCGAUCUCUUCACCCCUUCCCCAUCCAGACCCGCCUCAGCAGCCGCAACCCGACUCCCAAACACAAGAGCCCAUCCGUCUUCUACGACAGCCAGGACUAUCGCAAACUCAACAACAACCUCAACAAAGACUAAUGGGGGCGGGUCUUCUUCUCAGACGAUGCCUACCUUGGACGCCAAUUCGUCCCGGCUGAUCGUUGUUUCCAAUCGGCUUCCGAUCACCAUCUCCAGCCAUCCAUCCUCUGCCCCUCCCACCAAAGACAUCCCUCAACAAUCUAGUACAGAGGCAGGGAAGCAUCAUCACAAAGCUGGGGAAGCAGAGGAGAAGAACUCGUACUCUUUCAAGCUUAGUUCCGGCGGCUUGGUCUCCGCUUUGAGCGGCUGCAAGAAACAGAUGACGUUCAGCUGGAUCGGGUGGACCGGGCUCGACGUCCCUGAGCCCGACAAACCCGGCAUCGAGGACCAGUUGUGUCAGCUCUAUUCUUGCAAAGCUGUUUGGUUAUCUGACGAACUAGCCGAUAAACAUUAUAAUGGGUUUUCGAAUUCGAUCUUAUGGCCUUUAUUUCAUUACCAUCCGGGCGAGAUGAACUUCGUGGAGUCGCAUUGGGAGGCGUACAAGGAAGCUAACAUGAAAUUCGCCCGGGUCGUUCAUAAGGACAUUCUCGAAGCCAUCGAGCGGGGCGAAGAUGUGUUGGUUUGGGUGCAGGAUUAUCAUCUCAUGUUGUUGCCUAUGAUGUUGAGAGAAUUACUGGCGUCAUCUGAGGAUAAUGGACUCACAAAUAAGAAUGGUUCGACUACUGAUAAGAAGAAAGGAAAAGUAUCGAUCGGCUUCUUCUUGCAUACCCCGUUUCCAUCGUCGGAGAUAUACCGGAUCCUACCGGUUCGACGAGAGAUCCUCCUAGGGAUCUUACACUGCGACUUAGUCGGCUUCCACACGUACGACUACGGCCGGCACUUCCUGUCCUCAUGCACCCGGAUCCUGGGUCUGCCCGCUAUGCCUAAUGGGCUGGCGUUCGGCGGCCGGUACGUGCAUGUGGGGAGCUUCCCGAUCGGCAUCGAGCCCACCAAGUUCCAGGAAGCCUUGCUGUCUCCGGCCGUCCAGAAACGCAUCCUCACCCUCGAACAAAGGUUCCAUGGUAUUAAGGUCAUCGUCGGCGUCGAUCGUCUCGAUUAUAUCAAGGGCGUCCCUCAGAAACUUCAUGCUCUUGAUGUUUUCUUAUCUGAACAUCCUGAAUGGAUCGGAAAAGUAGUCUUAGUUCAAGUAGCUGUCCCUUCAAGACAGGAUGUAGAAGAGUACCAAAAUCUACGGAGUAAUGUGAAUGAGUUGGUGGGACGGAUUAACGGUCGCUUCGGAACGGUGGAAUACAUGCCGAUCCAUUUCUUGCAUCAGAGUGUCAGCUUUGAUGAGUUAUGUGCCUUGUAUGCGAUCAGCGAUGCAUGUUUAGUGACCAGUCCACGAGACGGAAUGAAUCUGGUUAGUUAUGAGUAUGUGGCAUGUCAAGAGAAGCGCCAUGGGUGCAUGAUCUUGUCCGAGUUCACCGGCGCUGCUCAUUCCCUAAACGGCUCGAUCAUCGUCAAUCCUUGGGCGACCGAUCAGGUCGCCGACGGGAUCUUUAGAGCUAUGAUCAUGGACGACGAGCAACGUAAGGAAAACUUCAAGAAACUGUUUAGUUAUGUUUCCAAAUUCACUGCUGCUCAUUGGGGAUUAACCUUCGUCGCUGAAAUGCAACGGAUCUUGAAGGAAAACGAGCUUAUCGAACGCGAACAACAACAACAAGAAGAAGAAGAAAAACAACAACAACAACAACAACUUCAUCAGAAGAAUCUCGACUUCGAUCAUCGUGGAUUCGAGGGGCUUCGAAUUCGUGAAACUGUUGAAGAAGAAUCUUGAUUCAAGCCGAUUCUUCUCCUCUUCUUUUCUUGGGUGGAUCAUAAUCUUUGUGUUACCCUGGUGAUAAUGAUGAUGAUGAUUUUGAUGAUCUUUUGUCCACAAAAAUAAUCAAGUAAAUCAUAGCUUCAAAUCUACUCGUAGGUCAGCUUUCUCUGAGACCCUUGGUUGUUUUUCCUGAUUGUUAUUUAUAAAAACAGAAUAGUUAGUUCAAGUCAGUUCUACAGAGGUGAAGCAAGAUAGAGUCUUAUCACAAUGAUUGUUGUUAUGUUUGUAUGUAGUUAACUUAUUAGCAGGCUCAAGGUGAAAUUCAGAAUGUUGUUGUUGUUGUACAUACACAGAUACCAAUGUAUAUCAUGUCAUGUCAUGGUGUGUUUACACAUGAGGUUAUUUAUUCAUCUCAAACUUCCCCUGCCCCACAAUAUUGUUGUUGCGGUUAAGACGGAUGGAAAGUAUGGACUGAUUGUCA